AUGGCAACCCGUUCCAUGUCGCGAGACCUUGACCGGGCACCCACUCGCUCUCCAACGCCCGCCUCCGACUACUCUCGCAACCGUCGCCGGCAUCCCGACUCGCGCUCGCGUUCGCGCUCCCGAUCACCAGAGCCCCGUCGAAACGGCAGGUACAGGAGUGAGACGCGCUCGCGAAGCCCCGUGCGACGAGGCGACAGUCGCGGGCGCAGCCCAACACCCGUCAAGAGCACAAAGAUUGUCGUCGAGCGUCUAACCAAAAAUGUCAACGAAGACCACCUCUACGAGAUCUUCGGCCAGUUCGGCCACGUGAAGGAUCUCGAUCUACCCAUCAACAGAAUGGGCACCAAUCGCGGCACAGCCUAUAUUCUAUACGAUGACGAGGCCGACGCCGAAGAUGCCAUUGCCAACAUGCACGAGGCCCAGCUCGACGGCGCUGUCAUCAACGUCUCCAUCGUCCUGCCGCGCCGCAAACUCUCUCCCGCACCACCUCUAGCUCGCCGAGGUGCCGGCAUAGAUCCAAGGAACCCACACCCGGGCCCUCGGGGGGGUGGCGGCCGCGGUGGCUCAUUGGGCGGUGGUGGUGGGCGUGGUGGCGGCCCCAACGGUCCCUCGAGCCGCUUCGGACCCAAUUCGGAUACAUACCGUCCCCGAUCUGCCUCACGCUCGCCGUCGCGCUCGCCGGCAGCGAAUGCUGGCAGGGGACGGGGUGGCAGUCGCUACAGGAGUCGCUCUCGGUCGCACACGCCUUCGAGAUCAAGAUCACCGUCGAGAACGCAACCAAGACGUCAUGGAGGGGGUGGUAGUGGUGGUGGUGGCGGCGGCGGCGGUCGCAACAGGAGAGAUAACCGACGGAGAAGCCCCAGCCGCGAUUCCUACGAUGACAGGUCCAGGAGCCGCAGUCGCAGUCGAGACCGUCGUUCUCGGCAUUAG